GAAACCAUUGACAGUCGAUAACCAAUUUUUUAUAUUCAUGUCUAUUGACCGGCUGAGCUUUUCCUUCUGAAAAACCGGCAAUUGAUUAUUUUAACAUUAAUCGGGAAUAUCUCGGCCCCUAGAAUUUAAAUUAGACUUACGCAGAAAAUCAUACCGUUUUGAUUCAGCCAAAAUCCUCGGCAACAUGUCUUUCGUGGGACGCGUACUAGCCAGAAAUACAAAAUAUCCUUUCCAGGUUUCAUCUCUAUUGCGGCAGACCAAAUUCGAGCCGAAGCGCUUGAUUCAAACAAGUUCCCGGCUCCUCGCCUGCAAGGUGCAACAACCCGCUCCUGAUUUCCAAGGAGUUGCAGUCGUUGGGAAUGAUUUCAAGGAAAUUAAACUAUCCGACUUUAAGGGAAAGUAUCUGGUGCUGUUCUUCUAUCCAUUGGAUUUCACAUUCGUUUGUCCCACUGAAAUCAUCUCGUUCAGCGAUCGCAUCAAUGAAUUCAAGGAGCUUGGAGCCGAAGUAGUUGGCGUAUCGGUCGAUUCGCAAUUUUCACAUUUAGCAUGGAUCAACACCGAUCGAAAACAUGGCGGUUUAGGGAAGUUGAACUAUCCACUUUUGGCCGAUAUUACAAAACAAAUCUCACUCAAUUAUGGAGUUCUUCUCGAAAAAGAUGGAGUCGCAUUACGAGGAACUUUCAUAAUUGAUCCUAAUGGUGUCUUGCGACAGUUCUCCGUAAACGAUUUACCAGUUGGCCGAUCGGUUAGUGAAUGUAUACGAUUGAUAAAGGCUUUCCAAUUUGUAGAAAAGCACGGAGAAGUGUGUCCAGCCAAUUGGGAUCCCAAGGAAAAUCCAGACACCAUUAAGCCGGACGUACAAAAAUCCAAAGAAUAUUUCAAUAAACAUGGUUGAAGCAAGGCUUAGUUGAAGAAGAGUUAUUCGGUAAUAAAGUUCGUUUUUCUAUAAUAA